AUGUCGGAGCCUGGUCGAGGUAGGCCUUCCAGCGCCAGGCCUCCCCUCGCGGAUGCCACACAGCGCGUCAACAAUGCUUCAUCCAAAAUCCCCGUCAAAUCAUCCAAGUCACGCGACAAGGCCUCAUACGCUCAGCAAGGAUCUGACCGCCAGUAUCUCGUUGAUGAGCUCCCCAUCACCAGUGCCCGGGCUGCUACUCCCACGACUGCGCCAAUCAGCUCCCGCAACCCUGCUGUGGCGAGAGCCAGAGCAUCGCAAGACCAUGAUCCUUCGAAGCGAAUGUCGCAGGUCUCUCAGACUUCCACGGCCCCCUCGAGCAAACGGAGCAGCGGCUACGCGUACAAGACGCACAUUGGACCAUGGCUUCUCGGAAAGACCCUCGGUAAGGGAUCUUCCGCUCGCGUCAGGCUCUGCAAGCAUCGCAUCUCCGGCGAGUUGGCUGCCGUGAAGAUUGUUCCCAAGAAGACCGCCUACCUGAUCCAGGCCGGUAGUCUUGCCGAGCUUCACGACUAUGACGACAGCCUGCCCGAAAGAAUCAACGGCGAAAUGCGCGUACCCUUGUCAAUCGAGCGAGAGGUGGCUAUUCUGAAGUUGGUCGACCAUCCCAACGUUAUGAAGGUGUAUGAUAUCUGGGAGAAUCGUUCAGAAAUUUAUCUGGUUCUCGAGUACGUCGAGCAAGGCGACUUGUUCGACUACAUCAAUACUAAUGGCCGUUUCUCGGAGGAAGGUGCCAUGUUCAUCUUUCGGCAGAUGAUGAGUGCCCUUCAAUACUGCCAUUCCUUCAACAUUUGUCAUCGCGACCUCAAGCCCGAAAACAUCUUGUUGACGGCGGAUCACAAAGUCAAGAUUGCCGACUUCGGCAUGGCCGCUUUACAUCAGUCUUCUGAUCAUCGACUAGUGACCGCCUGCGGAAGUCCUCACUACGCGGCGCCCGAACUGUUGAAGCACAAGCACUACCGUGGAGAUAAAGCUGAUAUCUGGUCAUUGGGUAUCAUUCUCUACGCCCUUUUGGCUGCGUGUCUUCCCUUUGACGACCCGGACAUCGGAGCUCUGUUGCAGAAAACCAAGCGGGGAACAUACGAGAUUCCAGAGUUCUUGAGCCCGGAAGCAAAGGAUCUCAUUCGACGCAUGCUCAUUGCCAAUCCUGAUACGAGAAUCUCGAUCAAGGAUAUGUGGCAGCACCCACUCAUCCGCAAGUAUGACUAUCUCGACAAUCUUGGUACCAAUGGACAACCGAAGGACCUCCGCAAGACCUUUCACUACACCCCAUUGAAGCCCCACGAAGUUGAUCCUCACUUGGUCAGACAGCUCCGGUCAAUGUGGCACAUGUUCACAGAGCAUCAGAUCAAGUUGAAGCUGAUGGAUUCUGCGAAAAACGACCAGAAGCUUUUCUACUGGCUUUUGUAUGAUUAUCGUAAGAAGCAACUGGAGAACUUUCUUCCAGAACUCUCCCAGUCCCCGAGCGAUUACCAUCAUCUCCACGAGCCAGUUUGGAAGAAGCGUGUGUCGACAGUGGAGUUCAACCAACCCAGGGCAGAUGGAACCGGAAGAAGCGUCUCGCGAUUUACCGUAAUCUCCCAUGUGGCCGAGACAGAAGAUGGAACGGUCCAAAGCUACGAUCCUUACAACUCGAGCAAGCCAAUGCGUGGACACUCCCAGGCCAGCCAUGCCAAAAUUGUGGUUCAUCGUACUCGCCGCGGAUCCAUGAAGCGGGAAAACACCCAGACGAGCCAGCUUUCACGCAUCAAGACAGGAUCAACAGUUCGUCAUUCUCGCGUCAACUCUCAGCGCACCGUCGCCUCUCGCUUCCAAUCUCCCCUCAACUCCAUGAAUUCUCUGCAUAGCAGCAGACAAGGAACUCCUUAUGCACGGCCCGCCUCUCGUCACAAACGCGGAAUCGACUUUUCUCACAUAAGAAGAAAGUCGAACGAUCAAAAUGGCGAAAAGCGUCGAAGAGGAACCCCGCUCGCUAUUCCCUCUGAAGGCGAGGUGAGGGCCAAGACUCCGACGAGCCCCCCAAAGCAGACGCCAGUCAUGGAAAGGCCUAGACCGAAGUUGAAGAUUGUGAAGCCGCGAGACCCCGCACUGGUUGUCAACGAGGAAGUUCGAAACUUUAGCAACAGCAUCGCGAAAGACUGCGAUGAGAUCUUUGGAAACUCGAUGAUCGCGGAUGAUCUAAGUGAGGUCGACGACGGUUCGGACGGAAAGCAGGACUCGACCAGACUUUCAUUCAAUAUACCAACCCCAACUUCAGCACAAGCGAACACUCCUUUCCACCCGUGGGACACACGUCCGCUGCCUCCCUUGCCGCCCCCGAAGUCGCAGGCCCCGCCGGUUCCAACGACAACCAAGGCUGGCAAAGGUCAAGAUGCGCAGCAUACUGGUCGUGUUGGAAAGUUUGUAGACCAUGUCAACCGCUUGGGCUUUCCAGCUUUGAUUCCCAAACAAGAUCGCCGCAUCGUUUCUGCACCGCCACACAGAGAGAAUAGCAAGCUAUCUGCGCGUUUGCCGGCGAUCAAUGAAAACGGGCGCGAUUCGGAGUCAUCAUAUCACCAUGGUGAUAAAGACAGAAACCGCAUCGUAUCCGCACCGCCCAAGACCCCUGGGGGUCAGAGCGAUGCUAAUGGGUUGGAGUAUCUUGUCCGAGCAGGAGAGACAAUUCGUGUGGUCAACUCCCCCGGCACCUCAAGCCCGAUUCCCAAGCCUCUCAACGUGCGAAAGAAGACCUCAGAAGGACCGGUCUACGGUGAUCUGGCAGAUGAGCGUUCUGCGUACAUGCACGGUGCGUCUGGCACAGAUGAGCCGACCACUCCGUCAACAGCAAAUUACAGCAGUGGUCCCUCUAAACAGAAGAAGUCUUUGUGGUUCAAGCGUUCUUCAAAGGACAGCACCUCUCAAGAAGGCAGCAUACAUACCGACGCGACGCAAGAAACGCAGGCAUACAGUAUGACGACCCAAGAUACGGAUCCUGCCCGAUCAGAGAUCCAGCCGCAUGCUUCUGCUGCUGCAGUGCCGAAGAAGAAGGGGUUCGGCCUUCUUUUUUGGAAGAGCAAUAAAGAUAAGACAGAGAACAAAAUGGCCAUUGCCGGUCCAGACUACGAUGAUUCGCCUUCAUCCGAGCCCACCCGAGGCAUCCUCCACAAAGCAAGCCGGCAAUCCGCUAGAAGCUUCACCGGCUCUGAUACAGGAGUUCGGAACAUUGAGGUGCAACAGAACUGGCUUGCUCGCCUAUUUGGCGUCAAGCCCGCCACCAGCUACGUGUGCCUGGUGAUGUCGCGCAAGCGAGCUCGCCAGGAAAUGGCGAUUCUCCUUAAAGACUGGCGACGUUAUGGUAUUGAAGAUAUCCAGGUCGACAAGGAGAGAAACAUUGUGUUUGCCCGAGUAGGGGCCAAGAAUUACUUAAACAUCAAGGAGGUCGCGUUUGCCGCGGAGAUUAUGACAGUGAUUGAGCACGGAAAGAAGGGGCCCCUCUGCAUAGUACGAUUUACGCAAGAGCGCGGAGCAGCAAGCAGCUUCCACAAGGUUGUGGAGACGGUCCGGACGGUUUUCGGAUUACGCGGGCUGCUUGUGACUGACAAGCGCAAGGAGAAGAUGAUGAUCAAAACGCUCAAUUCCUGA